UGGAAGCUGUCUAGUACUCGUCAUUUCUUGACCAUUUCUUGAUCACGCAUAUAAAUUUAGUUAUCUUACAAUUCGGUCUAGUACGAGCAAGUAGAGUAUCGAUAGCCACGACGAAGUAUCCGACCAACUAUACGCGGCGCGAUCGCCUUCCAGGCCAUAUCAGAAGUCCACAACUCAGCAAACACCAUCCGCAUCAUCCAUUGUGUUGGCGAAAGACGGUCAUUACGAUUGCUUCUGGCACUCUUCCUAUCAAAAACCAGCAAGAAACCAACAUGGGACAAGACUAGGCAACGAGAAACGUCAUAGCAUUGUAAAAGAGUAUGAGCACUAUCCUUCAGGACUGGAUUGAUCUCCUCAAUGCAGAACAGCAUGUCCAAGUAGACAAAUUGAAAGAACAUGCACGCCAUGGAAUUGCGGCACCUAUACGAGGCGAAGUCUGGUUAUAUCUUCUCGGCGUACUUUCUGAGGACAAGACAUCCGAGAUCACAUCCCUCAUAUCCCUCGAUCUUAGUUACAAAGCUCUAUCAAACAGCAUACCUUCUCACUUGGCAUCUCUAUUACUGAAAACCGCACUUGUUCAUCACACCAAAAGAUUUCGCAAUGAAACUUAUGCGGAUUUGAUCACUUCGAUCACGGCGGAGCAGCCCAUCGUCAGAGAGACAUCAUGGACGGCAACUCGUCCUUCAAUAUCAGGCGUGCCGAAAUCACCAGGCGACAUCACCACUUCGUCCCUCACUUCUCCUCAGAAUUCAUCAGAACGUCAGAUCUCGGCCUCCCAGGGCCCUGCAACUCUGCCACCAGACCCCACAUCUGAAGAGGUCGAAAGCUUUAAUACCAUUCGUUCUCAACUUUCUCGCAUAUUACCCAAACCCCCAUCUACACCCCCUACUAGACACGGGUUUUUAUCAAUGUUGGAGGAGGUAUUGGGAAAGUUUUGGAACGCUGAGAAUUUAGAGGGAAGGGACGAUGAAUGGAGGAAAGACGAUGCAGGUGGGUUCGAGGGAAGUGAAAAAGAUUGGGUCUAUUUGUGCACGCCAUUUGUGUGCUGUUUAUCUAGGCCCGUGGGAGUGUUUCUGGGUUUCAAAUCUUUGAUGGAGCGCAUGAGAGCUUUUCCCCCAUUACCUGUACGACUAGCAUCUUUUCUCACCCUUUUUCGACAAGCUUUACCAGAGCUUCAUUCGUACUGUGAAGAUGAGCAAGUGCCUUACGUUCAAGUAGCAUUAAGCUGGAUGACGACUCUGCUGGCUAAGGAAAUGUGGUUGGGUGAUGUCCUUCGUUUAUGGGAUACAUAUCUUGCCGCCCAUGACAUGUUUGCACUGCAUUGUUAUGUUUGUGUUGCGAUUUUUUCCACUUGUAAGGAAACAUUGGAGGAGUUGGAUGGAUCAGAGGCAAAGCUUAUGUUGCUCGAUCUUCCGCCCAUGGACGUUGACCGCCUGUUACAAGAUGCCGCAAAUUUAAGAGUCACUUUCCCUCUCGCCCGACAUGCAGAUGAGGAGGAAUGAUUGCAUAUUCCGCAGUUCCAUCAACCAUCACAAGAGCUACCAUCACAAGAACUAUUUCUGUAUUUUGCAUAGAAGAAGAAGGGCCAAUUUGUCUAUUAAUUCAUCAGUGCCACGCUCGGCAUUUAUAUAAGGAGGCGCGACGAGUUAUCAAUUUUCAAGCAGCAAUUGCAAGCGGAAUCAAAAAAAUGGAGUGUGCCUGAGUUGCUGCUGCUGGCU